AUGGAAUUGAAGCUUAAUAAUGUGUUUCAAACCAAACCUGUGGAAAAUGACAGCAAAAUUCUGCAAGACAUAGAAAAAGCCGCCAUCAAGGCUAAAAACAACCUUGAGCAUUUAAAGGUUUUAGAAGAGCUACUUCAACAGUUGAUUACCAAAACAAAACAGGAAGAAAGCAAGAUUGCAGAUGUUAUCACUGCCAAGUUUACUGAUUGUAUGGCUUCUCUUAACUCAAGGAAAAGGAAGAUUGAAGCAGAGUUGGUAAUGAACACCAGUUACUAUGUAACUGAUAUACAUAGCAUUCAGGUUGCUGUUACACAGAAAAGAAGCAAUUUGAUUGAUGCCAUAAAAAAAGCAAAGGAGCUGACAACAACUCAUUCAUUAGAAUCCUGCCACAGCUUAAAUCAGGCACUUUGCAACUUAAAUGUAUCAGUUGAAGAAGAAGUCUUAAAAUUAGAUAAUCUGAAAAAAAGAACACUUCCAAGGUUUUACAUGGACUGUGGUGAGGUAAACCAAAUGUUUGAAAACAUAGGUAAAUUUUCCUAUGAUGCCUCAAAUGUGUACAACUUUGAAGAGAGCUCUCUAAAAAUGAAUAACGAACUUGGUACUUCACAUCAAGUAAAUGUAAAUCUUGUUAAAGAAGUCGAUGUAAUUCCUUCGGAAGAAUCUGAUGUAUGUUUUGGAGGCUCCCAUCAGCAAGAAAUGAGUUCAUUAUCCAUUCAGAAACAAACUGCUGCAUUAUCUCAGGCCACAUCUACACCAGAUGUUAUCAUUGAAGAAAUAAUUGAAGAUGAUCAAGAAAAAGAUCCUGAAUAUGUUAUUGUCAGUUGUGUAAUAAAUCCAUGUCAUUUCUAUGUUCGGAAAGUUUCCCAAAAGAAAACUGCGAUCUAUUUGGAAAAAGUUUUGAAAUACUAUUGUAGGAAUAACUAUUUGUCUCCUACUGACGUUUUGGAACUAGGCACAAGGAUUUUGGUUAAAAGCAAAGAACAUGGAAUGUGGUGCCGUGCAGAAAUAAUUGAAUUAAUUCCACUCAUGAAUACAAACGAAGAGAAACCCUAUGGACUGACAAAACACAAAAUUUGUGAUAUUGCAAUAAUGAAAGUAUUCCUUAUAGACUUUGGGCAUCCAGAAGCUUUAAUUAUUUCAAGAGUACACAAUGAAGUUACUGUGAAUCCAAAACAUGUUACUCUUAAAUACAUGAUGAUUGAAGAUCUAUGUUUGGUUGUAAGAAAAAUGGAUUUAUCUUUAGAGGCUCGGCUCAGAGGUAUAAGUAAGCUAGCCCUACAAUGUUCACUAAAGGGCAUUGUUCCUAAGGAUUCAGAAAAAGGUUGGGGAAGAAAAGCACGGACAGAAUUUUUGAGAAUGGUAAACAGCAAAGCGGUUCUGAUGAAAAUUUUUAGAGAAGAAAAUGGCGUGCUUAUUGUAGAUCUUAUGAAGCCUCCGGCCAACAAAAUAAGGAGUGACAUGCCUGUGUCCCUCAGAGAUGCUCUAGUUUUCUUGGACUUAGCCAGCUUUCAGAAUGAAUUUUCUGAUUGGUCAAAAAAUACUGUACCACUGGAGUACUAUCCACCUGUUAUGCCACGUGAAAAUACGGAGGUUGCUGCUGUCGUUAGUUACAUUCAUAGCCCUGGCGACUUCUACAUUCAGCUGUUAGAACAGGGUCCCGAAUUUGCAGCUUUUCUAAAUAAAGUUGAAGAAGUGUAUGAAAAUGAAGCAGGACCCGACUUGCAAAUCCUUUGUCCAACCCACGGCCAACCAUGUGUGGCCAAAUUUAAAGAUGAUGGUGUUUGGUACAGAGCACAGGUGAUUGGAUUGCCAGGACACCAAGAAGUUGAAGUUAAAUAUGUUGACUAUGGUAAUACUGCAAAAAUAAAUAUAAAAGAAAUGCGUAAAAUAAAAGAUGAGUUUUUAGUUCCCCCAGAAAAGGCUAUCAGGUGCAAAUUGGCUUAUAUUAAACCAUGUAAAGAAGCCACUGAAUGGACUGUCCAAUCAAAGGACAGGUUUGAACAAUUGAUUCAGGACAAAUGUGUGCUCUGCUUUGUUACAGAAAAAUCAGAAGAUAAUGUACUAUCUGUUGAGCUCUAUCAAAGUGUAUGUGUGUCCCCAAAGCUGUCAGGCAGUGUGAACAAUCUUUUGGUUAAAGAGGGCUUAGCAUCUUACAUAAUAGGUAACAGCAAAAUGAUUGUUGCACCUUAUAAUGAAAUAUGGGAUCCUGAUCUGGAGGAUAUGUUCAAAGCAGAGAAAUCUUUAUUAAAAUUUGGGAUUGAAGACUUGCGACAGAUGGAAGAUUUGGUUUUGGAAAGUAAUAAAGAAUUGCAAGUGCAAAUUAAUCACAUUGUAUCUCCUAGCAAGAUAUUUGUGCAUUUUAUGUUAUCAGAAAAAAUUCUAAAAAGGUUACAGGAAAAUAUGAUUGCUACUUAUUUUGAAACAGAGAAUGAAGCAAUUAAAUGGGAAGCUGAUAUGGAUUGUGCUGCUUAUGUAUGUGAACAAAAUCAAUGGCAAAGAGGCAAGAUCAUCAGGAUUGUUUCUGAAAAAGUUGUAGAGGUAUUCCUUAUUGAUUUAGGCAUAGUCAAAACUAUGGAUAUUUCCUGUCUAAGAGAACUUGAACAGAAUCUCAAGACUAUCAGACCACUUGCAGUAGAGUGUUCCUUGACAAAUAUAAGCCCAUCCGGUGGGACCGAACAGUGGACAGCAACUGCUUGUGACACUCUUAAGUCUUAUUUAACUGGAGCCAUUGUAAACUUAAUAAUACAGGAUACCAACUUGUCACCUUUGCCUGUAAAAAUAUUUUGCAAAGAUGAACAACACUGUACUGAUGUUUCAGAAUACAUGAUUCAAAAAGGCUUAGCACUUAGAAAAAGAGCACCUAAAAUUGAUCCAAAUCAAGCUUCGUCUGAUGAACUACAAAGGAAUGUGGACAUAAAGAAGCUGGUUUCAGAAAAAGAAAAAGAAAAGCUGGUUUCAGAAAAAGAAGAUCCUUCUAAACUAGAAAAGCAUUUUGACCCUUCAGAUACUGAUAGUAAGCAACAAAAACUGAAAAUAUCAGUGGCUAAGCCUCUAGUGGUUGAGGCCUAUAAACCACCAGUUUUUCCUAGCUUGGAUUGCUUCAGUGCUACGGUUAGCUGUGUUUCAGAUAAUGGAACAAUUUAUGUGAUUCCCACGUCACAAGAGCAAAAGUUAAAAGAGUUAAUGGGUAAUAUACAAGAUAACGUCAAAGGUUUGGGCCUUCUGAAACCCUAUAACUGGAAAAGUGGAGAAGCUUGUGUUGUAAGAGCAGCAGAUACAAUGUGGUACCGAGGUGAAGUUAAAGAAGUUGGCGCUGGCAUUGUAAAGGUACAUUAUGUGGACUAUGGAUAUACUGAGAAAAUUCCUCCAUGCCAUCUAUACCCCACGGUUUUGUAUGCUGAAAUAGCUCCAUUUUCUAUACCAUGUCAUCUGUAUAAAACUGUACCAGUUGGCAACAUUUGGCAGCACGAUGCAGUUGAAUUGCUUAAAGAACUACUUACAAAAAGAUCUGUUAAAAUACGCAUAAUGGAGCAGUCAAAUCCUCCUUGGGGAAAAGUGUGUGUCAGACUCUGGUUUUCGGGGAUGUCACUAUCUUAUUUCAUGGCAUUCCAUAAACAUUGUAUUACCGAAGACGAUGGUGAUUCUAUAUUAACAUGGGAUUCUAGGUUAGAAUGCAGUAAUGAAACCUUGGAGGAAAAUUGUGUUAUCAAUUAUGAGGGAUUACUGAAGAAUGAACUAAAGACUCCUCUUUUGCCACCUUAUACUUCUCCAUUAUUGCCUAUCCUUGGAGAACACUUUCCGGUGAAAGUAACGCACGUUGUGUCACCAAAUGAGGUGUAUAUUUCCAUUGUUCACUCAAACAGCACCAGCCAACAGAGAUCUACAGAAGAUAGCUUGGAUUCUGACACUCUAGAGAAAGCUUUGGCUCAGUAUAAUCAGAACAUAGAGACUCUUCCACAUCUAACUGAUUUUCAAAAAGACAUGCCCUGCCUCGCAGAAUAUAGUGACGGUCUGUGGUAUCGAGCAAAACUCAUUUCUAUUCUUGAGUUCAAUCCUGUUUCAGUUCUUGUGGAAUUCGUUGACUAUGGGUCGACUAAAACAUUGCCCACCAGCAGGUUGCGUCAGAUUCCGGCUAAGUUCAUGCAAUAUCCCGCUCAAGCAUUCAGAGUGUUACUGGCUGGAUUUAAACCUGCUUUACAUAAUUCCGCAACAGAGAGAAUUCCUUAUUGUCCAGAAUGGAGCCUGGAUGCAUUGUGGGCUGCAAUGAACUGCUUUGAAGGCAAAAAUCUCAGUGCCUCUUCAGUGACACAUUCACCAGAGCACAUUAUAUUUUUAUAUGAAGAUGGACAUCUAUUUCAUAUGAAACUUGUGGAAAUGGGAUUUGCAGAACUGACACAAUGA